AUGUCAAAAGAAAGCAGCCAUCAGAGGACUGGUGGACCUCCACCAUUACCUCCCAGGCAGCCAUCUGGCGCAGACCUUCUUUUAGCAGAAGACUAUGAGCACGACGACUUGCCCCCGCCUUCCUACGAGUCUGUCGCGGCCGAGUCGUUUGGGAAUAGUUAUCCCUCGCUUUCUCACAAUGACCCAAGGUCGAGGUCAACACAAUCAUUGCUUCCUUCACCAUCGGAUGAACAAGGUGACAGGAGAAAGUUGCUCUUGGUCUUCAUCCAUGGAUUCAUGGGAAACGAAACCAGUUUUCAAAGCUUCCCUGCUCACGUACAUAGUCUUGUAGCUGCUCUACUCUCAGAAACGCAUACCGUCCACACAAAGAUCUAUCCAAGGUACAGAUCGAAAAAGAAGAUUGACUUUGCACGAGAUGACUUCAGUCGCUGGCUGCGUCCACACGAAGGGCCAACCACAGAUGUGAUCCUACUGGGUCACAGUAUGGGUGGCUUGCUUUGCGCCGAAGUAGCCUUGAUUCCAUCCCUCGCCGAUGGAUCACUACGCCACCGUCUGAUCGGCACGGUCAACUUCGACGUACCAUUCUUGGGUAUGCAUCCCAGAGUCGUCAAGGUUGGUUUGGCCAGCAUCUUCAGCCCUGCCCCUGCCAAAUCGCCUCCCAAUGGUGACGAAACGCCAUCUAGUCCCCAGAGUAUGUUUUCACCUUCUCAACUCGACCCAAACUACAAUCCAGCCUUCAAGAACGAUGUACAUCUUCCAGCUAGGAAAGGCUGGGAAGGAGCUUGGUACUUCCUCAACAAGCACUCUGGUGAUCUGAGAACGGCUACCAAGCAACUGGUCAAGUCCCAUCUAGAAUUCGGAGGUGCCAUGGCGGAUUACAGCGGCCUCAAGAUGCGCUAUACUCGAAUCAGAGGGCUAGAAGAGCAAAGCGAGAGAACCAGAAAAGCAGUGAUAGGUAGUUCUGUCGCUCCACCAAGAGUGCGGUUUGUCAACUACUACACAUCCAGCACAGGUCGGCCCAAGAAACCAAAAACGCCAACAUCACCCGAACCAUCCAUGGAGACUCCCGCAUUGACAAUUUCCAAUUCUGAAGCAGAUCACAAAACGACUGAUGAGCACGAUGAGAAAUCUUCCGAAGAGUUCAAAUUUGAAGCAGCAAGAAGCCACGAACGGAUAUCAAUGGACAACCUAGAGCCUGCUCCCAUGUUCGACAUUGGCGGUGACUCUUCGGACCUCGAACAGCUUCUAGAAAUCGACACAGCCUCGCCAAACGAAUCGCUUGAAGUUCUUGGACCUGCCCUCCAGAAGUUGCCGCCUAUACCCGAUCCUCCUGCAAAACCAGAAAAGCCACCAUUCUACGCAGACAAGGAGUCUAGGAAGUUGGCCGAGAAAGAGUAUGACAGAGUGUUGAAAUCGUACUCCCGGGCAGUCAAGGAUCGCGAAAAGGCACUGCGAGACCGUGAAAAGUUGGAGAAGAAGCGUGAGCGACAAGCAAUCAAGGAGGGAAAGAAGGCCGAGAAAGAGGUCGCCAAGGGUGACAAGAACAAGGAGAAAGAUCGCAAGAAGACCAUCGAGAGGAAAGAGUCAGACCACGAGAAUGUGCUAGCAGCUGAGCAAAAGGAUGCGCACAAGGAGUGGAGAGCUGCUCUGAAUCAGUCUUGGAACGAUGAAGACUCCACGAUCGAGCCGCUUUCGAAGCAUCAUUCUUCCAUGCAGUCACAGUCUACUGUACUAUCGACCCAAGAAACGAGAACUCCCGGUGAAGAGCAGAAACCUUUCAAGGAUCGCACAUUCUGUACUCUUCCACCCAAGGACGGCUCCGGUAUCAGAGAUCCCACUUGGGUUCGUGUGCUGAUGAAAGACGUCGAUCUUGUCGAAGCGCACUGUGGCCUUUUCUUUCCAGAUCCAAAUGACGACAGAUAUGAGAAACUGAUCGGUGAUGUGGGCGAGAGAGUCUGUCAAUGGGUUGGAGAGGCAGAGAGUGAGAGGGUCGCCCGGGAGUUUGAAGCACAAGGCUAA